GACCACAUUCUAUAAACUGUCACAAUCACAACCAUUCAUCGGCCUGAUUUUUUCUACAAUAGCUGUAAUAUUACAAUCAGAUCUGAACGCAUAAUAGCUGUCAGAAGACUAGGGGCGGACAUUUCGGCAAUCUUCGGAUUACUUGCCGAAGUAGUUCGAUUGUUCUUACCGUAUGCACUGCGCUUUCAGAGAUUUCAUAUAUGUCUCGCUAUUAAAACACAGCCUUUCAAUUUGAAUGACGCGUAAGGUGACGAACAUGAAAAGAAUGUUUUGUUCACGGCAUGAGUCGACGUUUCUUUCCUUAAAUGCGCUACAAUGCAACAUCCGGCAGGAACGUCUGUGGAUAUAAUUCUAGGAAUUGAAGACGCAUUUUUUCCAGCUGGAUUCCGUGUGUUUCUGGAAGAAGACAGGGGAGUAAAUUAAUAGGCAAAUAUCAUCGGUCAGGCACAUAAACUGAAGGGGAAGGGCCAUUUUAUUUGGCCAAGCCAGGAAUGGUGGAUCACUUGCAUGUGGGAGAGGAGACCUUCCUGCCUUUUGAAGGCUCCCCCGUGACAUAUAGCCUGUCAGACAUGGUGACUGACACUGCGAGCUACCAGGUGCUGUCCCCGCCAUUCUCUGAGGACGAUCUGAGUGACUCGUCCAGCCCGCGCUCCUGUUCCAGCCCGGACUCCCAGGUUCUCAGCUCCAGCUAUGGCAGCAGCUCUAGCGUCGAAAGCCAGGACAGCAUCUUGGAUUUCCUGCUCUCUCAGACCUCGCUGGGGAGCGUGUCCACCAGCCUCCCCUCCAGCUUCUCUUGGGAGUCACGCAGGGACUUGUGCUCCCAGUCCAUGAAAGAGGAGCACUUCGACUUCCCUAUCUUCUCAGCUGACCUCAAGGACCACGCUGAGCCGUUCCAGCCCACCCUAGAGGAGAUCGAGGAGUUCCUAGAGGAGAACAUGGAGGUGGUUACCAUGAAACAGGAACCGGGUGAGGGAGAAGAGCUGGAACUGAGUGGUAAGCUCUCCAUGCUGCCAGAGACCGGACCUCAGCAGUCAGGCCAAGCUGUGCCUGCUGCCAGCUCUGCUGUAAGUCCUAGCCUUGAACCCAAAAGCACGUGGCCCACAACAAACUCUAGUGCCGGUGCUUGCGACACCGUGAUGAAGGAGCCUCCCAGCAAAUCAGCUUCUGUUGACGAAGGGGGGUUGCCAGUUGUCCUGCAGAUCCAGCCGGUUCAGAUCAAACAAGAGCAGGGUCCCUCCACGGGCUCCGUGCUCCCAGCCCAGCCACCCUCUCCAGACAUCAAGAUCGCCCAGCUGCUGGUCAACAUACAGGGCCAGACUUUCGCCCUGGUGCCCCAGCUGGUGCCCUCCACCAGCCUCAGCGUGUCGUCCAAGUUCGUGCGCAUCGCGCCCGUGCCCAUUGCCGCCAAGCCCAUGGGCGUGGGGGAAGGAGGCGCUGCAGGCCAAGUGGCGGGACUCUUCUCCGCGGGCCAAAAGUUCCAGAAAAACCCAGUCGCGGACCUGAUUAAAAUGCACAAAUGUUCAUUCCCUGGCUGCACCAAGAUGUACACCAAGAGCAGCCACCUGAAAGCCCACCUGCGGAGACACACGGGGGAGAAGCCCUUCGCCUGCACCUGGCCGGGUUGUGGAUGGAGGUUCUCCCGUUCGGACGAGCUGUCCCGACACCGCCGAUCCCACUCUGGAGUGAAGCCCUACCAGUGUCCCGUCUGUGAGAAGAAGUUUGCUCGAAGCGACCACUUGUCCAAACACAUCAAAGUCCACCGCUUUCCUAGAAGUAGUCGGACAGUUCGCACCAUCAACUGACCCAUUGUGGAUCUCUGGAGGACCGAAACCAAUGGGAUAGAGAGCCUUGUGUGUGUGUCUGUGUGUGUUUGCGUGUGUGUAUUUCUGUUAUAACUUAUUUUGUUAUGGGAAAACAAGCAAGAAAAAUGCAUUUGCGUUUGGUUCGGUUCCUGAAAGUAACGGUUGUCUUCUGUCUCGUUCGUUUCCUGUUAAUGUUUUAAAAUAUCAGAGUAUUUUAUUUUUCGAAAUAGGUUUUUGUAUCACGUUUUUUCAGUACACGUGAUUUUUAUCGUGUUGCGUACAACCGCUUGUUGACAUUCCUCACUUCAUAUGUCGUUUAUAGCCGAAGAGGGUGGGAUUUUUUUGAAUACCAAACCAUUUUAGCUUCUUUCUGUCUGUCUGUUUUGUUGUCCAUCAUUCAUCGUUACGUGGAAAUUAUGAUGGGGGGGGGGAGCGCGGGGAUUCAUGGUGCAGAGGCAGCCUAAUAAGUUAUGAUAGACAUCAGGGUGAUGUCGCAAUAAGCUAACGAGGAUGUGAGGAGUUCUCAUCGCAGGAAGAAAGCGAAACACGGCGCACUGAUACUCAUGAAGGUGGCCAGACACACUUACUGAAGCACAGCACACACUCUUAAGACUUAGUAUGUUUCUAUCUAAACCGCUAGGCCUUCUGAUCAGUAUUGAAUGAUUCAUCGUUUUUUAUUUUUUUGAGUGUGUGUGACAAACUCUCUUUGACUUUCGUGUCAGUGGCUUUUGAGCUGAAAUUUGAGAAAAACAAAAGUGAUAUAAGAUUAGCUUUAAUGUACUACAUUAUUCUUAUUUGGGGGUCAAUAACUCAGUGGUCUUGAUGAUUUUUCUAUAGUAAAUAUAUGUUAAAGUGGAAAAACACUAAAAUGAUAUGUAUACUCUGUGACCAGGAACACAUAUGCCAUAAGAUAUAUAGACAUGACUGUUAUUAUUAUUAUUAUUAUUAUUAUUAUUAUUAUUAUUAGGGGCCUUUAAACCAACGUUGGCUCCGGGUGAGCAUUGAGAUGGCAUUCCUCAUGAUAUCUCUGUCUCUGUAUGUGCGUGUGUAUGAACAGUUAUACAUAUAGAUGUAUAUACAAUUUGUUUUGUUUUCUCUGAGUAUUUCAUGAAAUUGAAAAAUAAGCAAAUACUUAAGGUUACUGUCUUAUUGGCCAGCUCUGCUGACACAUGAUCUGCCUCAGUAAAAGCUCUUUACUGGAAUGCCCAUAUAUAUUUUUUUUCCGUUCGUUUAUUUGUUUAUUUUGUUCAUUUCUUUGUAACAUAAGUGGCUAUGUUAUCGUCUGCUGCAGAUGUGAAACUGGAAAGUGUGUGGUGCUGCCCCCCCCCCCCCCCCAACUCUUCCGCCUCCUGGCGUAAUGUAACCAGGACAAUAGCUGAGGAAAGAACGCUGAGCCCUUGUAUUGUUGAGUGGCAUGCCACUGCAAACAGGACACUUCUUCCAGCACUGCACUCUUGACCGGGAACACAGCUGGAUGCAGAGAACACAGUACUGCUCCCAUCCUGUAAAACAUCUCGGAAGAAGUGAGAGGGAGGCGAUGCCACCGCAGUGCAUUCCUGCAAUUUCAGCUGGACACUGUAAAUCUUGUGUAAAAACUGGUGUUUAUCACACUCUAUGAAUGUAUGUAAAUAGAUCAAACUGUACAUAGGUGCAUCUAUAUGAGACAAAACUAUUGUAAUAACAUCUUAAUUCCAUGAUUGUGAAAAUAUAUAAAUAUAUCUAUAUUUUUUUGCUUUACAUACAAUACAUUUCCAAAUAAAAGGGAAAAUACA